GAGUCCAAAGGAGCUGAAGGGAAAGAAGAAUAUGUCAAAAGGACAAAACGUCAAAAAGACAGAAGCCACCGAUUCAAACAUUAAUCAAGACUCUCUUCUUUUACUGAAAGGUCACAAGCAGCCGCAGUUAAAAGUGUACAAGUUAGACACUAUGAAGGCAUCAGGCCCGACUCAAGAGGAUUCACCCCAGGACUCCCAGUCCACGGAGGGCCUCCCUGCCGCUGGGAAGAAGAAAGGCGGAAGAACCCAGAAAAACCAGAAGGGUCUUUCCCUGUUGUCGUCGCUACAAGUUACACGCCAGCAGCCGCCGACGGCGCCCGCCAAGCCGAAGACCACCAGAAAGCGCAAGGCGCCUCCGAAUGUUGAAACCGAGGGCGUGAUAACGUCAAAGCGCGCCCUGGAGUGUAAGGACUGCGGGGAGAGGUUCAGCGAAGUGGCAUCGCUCCAAAAGCACAAGACGACGGCACACGUCAUCGAGAGUCCUGGCCUCACGUACACCAAUGGGAACGUCUUUGAGGGCGUCUCUGGUUUCGAUCUUUACCGGCUUCCCAAAGAGCACAUGGGGGUUGUGAGGGUGUUGAACGCUCCCACAGACUGGGAUACGGAGCCUGAUAUGGGGGAGAUGGCGUUGGAAGACCCCGAUCGAGGCGUCUCCUUUCCAGCGUUGAUCCCCUCUCCGUCCCUACAAAUCCCUCCUCAGGAAGUUGGCACGAGUACCCAUGAGCACCGGAGUGACAGUAAAACUGGGACCAAAGACCACUUUGGUGCCUCCUGCGAGCCUCAGUCGUCACCUGACGUACCAAAAGACACGGAGGCUCGGCCCAACGUGACAGCUGAAGCCUCAUCAGAGACAGUCACCUCGGACAGCAGAGAGCCUGCGGCACCGGAUGAGGACAAGCAAGAAGAUGUCGCCAAGAACCAAGAUGAGGAUGUCAAGGAGGAUUUGCUUCUAGAGGUAGAUUUGGUCACCGUUGGAGAGCAGCAGGAGGAGAGAGCGGACCCUGUUCCACAAAACGAACCCAGCAGAGUCUACGCGUCUGAGAGUGAAAUCCCUGGCAAGGACUCCGUGCCAGUGAGCAGCGAGACAAGAGAAGUUAGCCUAGCCUCUCAGACUGCGUCGUGUUCUGCCCAUCGAAUGGAUGUCAAAGAAGAGGAGGAGGAAACCCUGGUCCAGAAGAGGAAAGACGAGGCCAAUGAAGCUGCUGCGGCAGGUCAGAGCAGAAGAGCAGCGAUCCUCAACAGGGACUGGAUGUCCAGCGCGAGUUCAGGAGUGGAGCUCGAGCACGAACCCGAGGAGUGCCAGAUAGUUUACGAAAAACCGCUUUCCUCUGAUCUAGAAGCAGCUGACCGCGGGAUCAGCACAGAGAGGCAGACCUUCCCCGUGUUCAAGAUCAUCAGAGGUACGCCGCCGGCGGCGCCUUCGCCUCCCGCCCGCGCGGACGUCGCAGGAUCCUCUGAAGAAGCGGUUGCGUCGGAGCCAGGCUCCCUUAACUCCAUCGGGCCGCAGGGCAGGGAGGAAAGGGAAAGUGACCGGUCUCCAGGCAUCAUCCUGGAGAGGGUCCUUACCUCCAGUCAGAGAGCAACGUCUGACGGGGAGGCAGACGUAGCAACGGGAAGCAGACGACGACCAGAGGCUUUGGGCAGGAUUGCAGAGAACGAGGCUCAGGCUCACAGAGGCCAGGACAUCAAAGUGGAAGAGAACAGCUCAGAUCCUGUGUUCGCCUGUCAAAGCAGACAGAGAGCCAGUGUGCAGCCAAAGCCUCAUCAGGAUAUAAGAAGCGUCCUGGUGAAAGAAGAAAGCAACUCGGUGGCGAACGAGACCCAGGGCGCCCCAGAGAGCAGACACAUGCGGUGGAACGUGGAACCCGUAAGCAGUGAAAACCCAAAUAUCCCACCUACGGAGAACGGGGAAACAGCGAAGGACUGUCGUCUCCCUCCGGACUUCAACUCCAACCAGUGCAUCUUCUACCCGGUGAAGGUGGAGGAGAGGGAGGUCCUACUGGGGGCCAGUCACACCAGCACAGGAAGUUCAUCCCCUGAUGGGUCCGGCAACGCAGAGCCCUCAGACCUUCAGAGUGCAGAUUGUAAUGCACAUGAAAGAAGAUCCUCUCCAGCGAGCUAUCAGGAGUCGCCGGUCGCAGGUCUCCUGUCAGAGCAAAGUGUCGGGGACUUAACAGAUGGACAGGCCGCGUCAGACUCCGAGUUGCAGCAUCCAUCGGAUCUCCGGGACUUUCUCCUCCAGAGCUCCGACGAAGAAGACCCAAGUAGUUUUGAGUUAUCUGAGCCUCAACUGGACAACGAAGCAGAAAUCAUAGCCUACUUUAACCAGAACCAAGCAAGCAGCACACAGCCGCCCCGUCAACCCUCUUCAAAGAGUUUGCCAAAUUCAGAGAGUCAUCCUCCAGCACCACACGUGGACAACAGCACAGCAAAGCCUGUGGAUUAUUUCUCUGAGUAUUUUAGCUGGGAUACAUGGGGAGAAAUUGCCAGUUGCACAAAUGAAGCUUCCAGGCGGCCAAAUCCCGUGACGGGCAGAGAGGUGGCACGCUUUGUUGGGAUCCAUAUUGCAAUGGGAACCUUAAAGUUUCCCAGCGCGAGGCUCUACUGGGAAGACGUAACGAAGGUGCCGUUGAUCGCUGAAGCCAUGCCGCUGAGCCGAUUCCUCGAGCUGUCCCGCGUGCUGAAGCUCGCUUCUUCAAACGAUCCCAGAGAAAAUGUUCCAGGUCAGCAGCCGGGUGGUACCCAGCGAAGUGUAGCCUCUGAGCGCGGGGGCCGUCGGUGCUCGGCUGAUCCGAACGGCUCCCAGACACAGGCGGAUCCGCUGGGGAAGGUCCGUCCGUUGCUGUCCCGAUUCAACGCCGGGUGCCGGUCGCUGAGGCAGCGGGGGGAUUACGCCGUGGACCAGUACCCGCUGGCUCUGACCGGGAAGCUUCACGACAACAGGCCCUCGCUCCACUGCACCACGUUGAUGGGGCUCACCGGCUUGAUCGCGCACGCGGAUCUCGAACUGGACCCUUCGGAGACGCGGAACGCGAUGGAGGAGACGGUCCCCGAAGGGAGCACGCUGUUCCUCUGUAAACAGGAGCUCUCCACCCCGGCCACGCUGGAGCGCCUCUCAGCUGCCGGGAUCCACGGCGCCGGCAGGGUGGGAGGAGCCCGGGGACAGGUCGGGGACGAGUUUGUGAGCUCCGACGGGAAGCUGAUGCUGCGCCGCACGCACUGCGGCUUCCUGCUCUCCACCGCGGGCAACGGCCAGAGGAACAUGCUGUCGCUCAUCGACAGCUUCGAAAAGGCCCAGAUAUCCGCCCGCCUCGUUAGGGAUUUGCAAAAUCUGUACUCCUCCCCGCUGACGGUGUCUUCGCCGGCCGCAUGGCCCCAGGCGGUCCUGUGGCACCUCGCGGACGUGGCCCUGGUGAACUCCUGGCUCCUGUACCGGCGGGACCACGGAGCGGCGUCCGCCCCUCUCACGCUGAUGGCCUUCAGACUGGAGGUGUCCAAGGCUUUGAUCCUCUCCAGCGGCUCCGACGCCCAGGACUCCAUCCCCCCUCAGCCUCCCGAGGAGAACGCUCACCGCGCGACGAGCGAAGCCCCCAGCCCGGUGCUGCUGGGGGAGAGCCCCCUGCCGGACGCGGCGACGCGGUACGACGGCUCCGGCCACUGGCCCGAGCAGCUGGCGGAGGGAGAAGGAGGCAGGUGUCGCUUCGGCGACUGUCAGAGAACGUCGCGGGUGCUGUGCCUCAAGUGCUGCGUCUUUCUUUGUAUCUCGCGCAACCACAACUGCUUUUUGAAUUUUCAUAAUCAAGAGAGUCUGGGAAAGGAGCAGUGAGGCUGUCUUCAAUUAAUGUGUUUUUUUUUUUUUU